CAUUUUGUAGCAUUUAGAGACGGAGUCGGGAGAGAAGAGGAGUCUAUGGCCGCUUCUUCUCCAGUUUUUAACACCCCCACAGACUCGGAGGGAGACGGACUCGCGGCGCAUCGCAGCUCGCUGUGACAUUUCGGAGGCUGUUCUCGUAUUAUUAUCAUUUUAUUUUUCUUUCGGACGAAAGGCUUCGACAACCAAGCCUGAAGGAGUCGAUCACAGGCUUCCUGGAGCACCGUGUGCCGACGUGAAUUGAUGUUCAGCUCGCCUCCGCGAGAAAACAACGCUCAGUGGCACAUGAAAACUUCAGACCUUGCUGGACACAAAAGUGCAGUGAGAAGUAGACAGAAAUCUACUUCGAGGACCUGGGGCCCGGUCGGAGGCGAACGAUUAAAGAGGGAUCUCUGCUCAGUCGACUCUCUGACAACAAAGAGGUGACACGUAGUGCUUAAGCAAUAUGGGAGGUGGAGAGAGAUACAACAUUCCAGCUUCCCACCCUGAGCGCCCGAUGCCCAAGAAGAACCACCAACUUGGCCGGGCCAAGCCCAGGAGCCGUGACCAGAACGGAGCAGCAGCAUCUGCAGGAGGGGCAGGGGGUCUUCACCACCAUGGCCACCGCCGGAGUGACAAAGGCGCAGCUUACCACAGGUCGCCAGAGACGCGGCAGGCCGCGUCUGCAGAGAAGGGCGUCCGGUUUGCCACCAACUAUGAUCAGAACUGGGAGGGUGCCGUGUCUCACCUCAACACGUUCCUGGCCACCCAGGGAAGCCCCAGCUACGCAGGGCCCAAGUUCAGUGAGCCACCAUCGCCCAGCGUGCUGCCCAAGCCCCCCAGUCACUGGGUGUCCUUCUCAAUGGGCUCCUGUGACAACAGGGAGAUGAUGGCCUUCCAGCUCAAGAGCCUACUCAAAAUGCAGGCCUGAGAGGGAUACCCCCACACGACCAUUUAAAAAAGAUAAGCCAAUGCCCAAACUGGGGCUCCUUUGAAGGCAUCCACUCACCAGGAACACCGCAGUGUUGUAAUACUUUUAGCUGUUUUUUAGAUUGACUUCCUUGAGGGUUAGGGGGCAUUUGCAGAAAUGCACUGCUUCUGAUGUUUACACCUAUUUUUAACCAAUAUAAAAUAUUACAGCCCUGCUGCCUUGUUGGUUGGUGAUGCCUUUAGUGGAGUCUGUCUGUGACUCACGAUAAACUGGAUAUCCUAUGUACUUUUUGUUUUUUCUUUUUAACGUUGGCUGUCAAAGCAGUGACUGAGUGUAGUUUUUUUCCUUCAAACAAUGGUUAUAGUACAGGUCAGGUAAAUUCCCAUCACCUUUACAGUCCAUUUCUGUGGACAGACGAGCGGUUUAUUCGCAUAAGUUUUAUGAUGAUCCUUUGGAGUAACCUCUAAAGCCUCAGGUGCUAAAGCAAACAUGCAGCUGUAGCACUAUUUUUCAAUAAGGCCCACCAUUUUUCCAUUCCUUGUUUGGGAAAGAAAGUACACUCAACUGCCAUUCUGCAGGGAAAAAGCUAUCUUACUGUAGAUAAUAAGCUGUAGCUAGUAAGUACAGGUCAAAUGUUUAACCCCAAACUGAAGGGUAAUAAGAGACCAUGGCACACAGGCCUGGACUCUCAACUCCUGUACCUUUUUUAUUGCGCUGUGCGCACAUGCACUAUAGGAGUUGAGUAAGUCUAAGGCCCAUAACACUCUAUCAUAGCAUUAUUUUGUAUAAGUCCAUUUUUUGUUGUGGUUGAAAGAUGUAUGAUGUGCUGUGUGUAACCAAAGCAAUGUUCUUUCAGUAAUUUCUUCUAUUAGACAUCCUCAAUAUGUGGUUGGCAUCACUGUCAUUGCCACUUUAACCUUGCCAGCUCGAGCGGUGAAAGGGUUAUUGAGUUCCCUGGGUCACCUUUUUUUUUUUAACUCUUCGUCUAGAUCAAUCAGCACUGUUAUUGCUCCUCGGUCUCUGCCUUUUCAGGACAAUGCUGCAGCUCUAUCAUGCGGAAGAGGACCAGGCUUGGUUUUGGAAACAAAUUUCACCACUAAGUCACAUGACACGGUCCUAUUGGCUGCAGGCAUUUGUGAGCAAUGUUGGGCAGAGCCGAGGAAGGUUACUGAAGUAAAGUGGCCCAGGGGACUCUACCUGAGAAAGGAGGCUGGUGUUUGUGUUUACAAAAAGGGUCAGUGUUUGACCAUCCCAUAAUCAACAGGCACUUUGCUGCCUCUGCCUCUUGUUUAACCUCUUGCACUGCAAUCAGACAAUUUUUAUUUUUCAUAAGUUACAGGUCAGGAUGCUGUUGAAGUGGUGGAGGCGUAGACUAUCUCCCUAUGGAUUUUUGUGAUUCAGUCCUCUUUCGAGGCCCUUUUUGCUUUCCCUUUGCAGAAUCGAAGCUGUUUAUGGCCAGCCUUAAGACGACAAAACAAAAAGAGAGCUUCUGUGUUCAAGAGCCAUGUAAAUAAUGAAAAUGUAUAAAGUACUUGUAGCAUAUGUACAUUUGCAGACCGCGUUUGAGGCCUGCCUGACAAAAGUAUUUUUAGUAAUAACACUGAAUGUAUAGACAUGCUAAGGACGUGUCUUGACUUCAAUACUGAAGAAUAUUUUUGUUAAAAAAAACCCUGCCUAUAGCAUUUGUCAGUACCCCUGCACUGUUAUCUUUCCAGAGAUCUUGCACAUGUUUUUUAUUGUUUUGUAAUAUGCAGUGUAGGGUGAAAGAUGCUAUGUGCAAAAAUAAGUAAGACUGCAACAAAUAUCAAUUGGAUCUAAGGAGACAUGCAUAUGUAUGAUGGAAUUGAGUUCUGAAUGUGCUUACAGUGUGUAAGCGUGAUGCUUUUAAUCUUGAGUUGACCUGUUUGUGCCUAUGUUGAAUCCCAUGCUGAAGCUAUUUCAUAAGGUGGCAAUCUGAAUUGGCCAAAUGUUUUUUCUUCUUUAAACACCACUUUCACUUCUCAGCUGUUCUUCCGCCAGCUGACAAUUGAAUGUGGACCCCAUGUUGUUAAAAUAUUACUUCUAUUGGUUGUUCAUUUUGACAUUUUCUUUUUUGCCCCUGUUUGAGCCAUGCAUGGUACUGUCUCCUUAUAAAUUAAAAAAAACAACUUGUAAUUGGAUUUGAAUUGGCCCCCCCCCCCUCGAUAACAUGUCACUGAAGAUGGAAAGAAAAAAAAUUGCCCUGUUUUAAGAUUGGUACGAAUUGAAAAAAGUAAACGAAUGCACUCUGAAUUGAUAACAAAUUUUAACCAAAAAAAUAAAUCCCUUCCCCCUCCCCCUA